AUGAAGAGGACACAUUUGGCAAGUUUCAGCAGCAGAAACAACACCCAAGAAGAAGAAGAAGGCGACACUAAUGGUAACGACAGAGUCAUCAUGAAUCUCUACAAUAGCUAUGAAGCAGGGCUGAUCCCAUGGCCUCCCAAGAACUACACUUGCAGCUUCUGUAGGAGAGAUUUUAGAUCUGCUCAAGCACUUGGAGGCCACAUGAAUGUUCACAGAAGAGACAGAGCAAAACUCAGACAGAUCCCUUCUUGGCUCUUUGAGCCUCAUCAUCACAUACCCGUUCGCAACCCUAACCCUAACCCUAAUUUUAGCUCUUCUUCUUCAACAACAACUCCAGCUCAUCUUGAGCCUUCCCUUACCAAUCAGAUGUCCAAAACGACACCUCUUUCUUCUGCCCGGUUCGAUCUUUUGGAUAAUACUACUAGCUAUGGAGGUUUAAUUGUGGAAAGAGAGAAGAACAAGAGCAAUGUAUGUAGCAGGGAGCUCAACAAGAGUGCUUCAAAAUGUGAGAUAAAUCGUGGGGAUCUGAUGAACAAGAAACAUGGAGUCACGAGGUUGGAGCUUGGGAUGGAUUUGAGGAAUCCAAAACAAGUUCUUGAUUUGGAGCUGCGACUUGGCUGCCUUUAA